AUGGCCAGUCUGAACUUCUCCAGUGCAGCCAACAUGAGCAGCGUGGACCCCAGCCCGGGCCUGUUCUCCAGGAGCCCCUACACGGCUGUGGAGAUCGGCCUCAUCAUCCUGGUGGCGAGCUCUCUCAGUCUCGUCACGGUCAUCGGAAACAUCCUGGUCAUGCUCUCCAUCAAGGUAAACAGGAACCUGCAGACCGUCAACAACUACUUCCUGUUCAGCCUGGCCUGUGCAGACCUCAUUAUCGGGCUUUGCUCCAUGAACCUCUACACUGUCUACAUCGUGAUUGGAUUCUGGCCCCUGGGAGCCGUGGUGUGUGACCUAUGGCUGGCUGUUGAUUAUGUGGUCAGCAACGCAUCGGUCAUGAACUUGCUCAUCAUCAGCUUCGACCGCUACUUCUGUGUCACCAAACCUCUCAGCUACCCAGCCCACCGCAGCACCAAGAUGGCCGGGUUGAUGAUCGCCGCGGCCUGGGUGUUGUCUUUCAUCCUCUGGGCCCCUGCCAUCUUGUUCUGGCAGUUUAUCGUGGGGGGCAGGACUGUGCCUCCAGACGAGUGCUACAUUGAGUUCUUCUCCAACCCCGUGGUGACGUUUGGGACAGCGAUCGCGGCCUUCUACCUGCCCGUGGCCAUCAUGAUCUACCUGUACUGGCGCAUCUCCAUGGCCAGCCGCAGCAGGGUGAAGAGGGACUGCAGGAAGGCGUCUGGGACCAGCCUGGGAGAGGGCCCUUCUCACAGCCAGGAGGAGGGAGAGGCUCCCAGCAGCUGUCCACGCACCAAAGAGCCUGCCGUGGUGGUGCAGGAGAAGAAGAAGCAGCAGCAGCAGAAUGGAAACUCACUGUGCAAAGUGGAAUGCCCCGAGGAGACGGCUGACAAUACAGAAGACAACGUUCAGGCCUCGACAUCUGGAGACGUGGCUUCUACCAACGGCACUUCACACAAUGGAGCAAAUGGAGCAAGAAAACCACAGCCGCCUUCUCCAGGGAGCUCUGCGGCGGACAGGCAGAGUCUGACGACCCGCACACUCUUUAAGGUCACAAAGCAGAACGCGCUCUCCAAGUGGAAGAAGAAGAGCGCGUCCUCUCGGGAGAAGAAGGUGACCCGCACCAUCAUGGCCAUCCUGGUGGCCUUCGUGGUCACAUGGACUCCAUACAACGUGAUGGUCCUGGUCAACACCUUCUGCUCCGUGUGCAUCCCCAGCUCCUUGUGGAUGAUCGGAUACUGGCUGUGCUACAUCAACAGCACCAUAAACCCGGCCUGCUACGCCCUCUGCAACGCCACCUUCAAAAACACCUUCAAACACCUGCUGCUCUGCCAGUACAAGAACAUCCGGACCACACGGUGA